GGAAAAGGGUGAAACUGCGUUGCCAGUCUGGGUGCGGAGACCAGGCUGACUUCUAGUACGUUCAGUAGGAGGAUUUCUUUAUCUUCCUUCCUUCAGCCUCCCGGCGCGGCUCGGAACCAGAUGAUGAUGGUGUAAACAGAUGCCAAACAGUGGAUAAGGCACCUAUGAAUUACUCAGCCUAUUUUGCAUCCCAGUUGGAAGAUUGGACUUUUCUUAAAUACCUGGAGAAAAACUUUUUAUAUGUGGUCCUCUAUUUAGCAGUGCUAAUAAUAGUGGUGAUGAUACUUUUUAUCAUUCCUUUGUGCAUCCUCUUCUUCUUUUAUGUGUCAUCUUUUUUCUUCCUGAUCUAUCAGAAGACUCAUAAACUACAAGAAGAUUAUUCCAGCAAUAUAUGGGAUAAUGCGCGACUAAUUGUAGCAAACAAAUGGGAUGGAUUUGCAAGAUUUUGGCAUGGUUAUGAGCUACAUGGUGCAGAAAACUUGCCAGAUGGACCAGGUCUAAUUAUUUUUUACCAUGGAGCAAUUCCUAUAGACUACCUAUACUUUAUAUCGAGAAUUUUUAUUCUGAAGCGCAGACUUUGUUAUUCAGUAGCUGAUGACUUUUUCUUCAAAUUACCAGGUCUUAAACCAGUAGUAGAUCUGAUGGGCAUUAUACAUGGUACAAAAGAAGAAUGUUUAAAUGCUCUGAAAAAUGGUCAUUUAGUGGGAAUUUCUCCAGGAGGAGUUAGAGAAGCACUCUUCAGUGAUCAGUCAUACAAGCUUGUUUGGCGUAAACGUAAGGGCUUUGCUGAAGUGGCCAUAGAUGCUAAAGUGCCAAUAAUUCCAAUGUACACCCAAAAUGUACGUGAAGGAUUUAGAACAUUUGGAAAUACCAUAUUAGCAAGGUGGUUAUAUGAAUAUAUAAGAUUGCCAGUUGUUCCCCCGUACGGUGGACUGCCAGUCAAGUUUCGGACAUACAUCGGAGAACCCAUUCCAUAUGACCCAAAUAUAACUGCUGUGGAAUUAGCUAUGAAGACAAAGGCUGCACUCCAGUCGUUAAUUCAAAAGCACCAGCAAAUUCCUGGAAAUAUUUGCAGUGCUUUAAAGGAAAGGCUUCAUGAAGGCAAGAAAAAAGAUUAGAAUGUAGUUGUCAACUAUAAAAUUGUAAUACUCUGACCCAGUGAUUUUCUCCAGGUAUAAAUUUUCUGAUCAGUGCAAAGAACUACCUUAUCUGCAGGGUCUGCACCAUUACCUCAGUCAAAAGAUUUUUUCCUCGUGUAGUGUUCUGCGAUGGAAGUGAGACAGGAGAGAUCUGUUGUAUACCAAGAGGUUAACACUCUUCAAAACUAUUAAGAAUUGGUUUUCAGAAAAGGUUAAAAGGCUCCCCAAAACUGCUAGAUUAACCUAGCUUUCAAAAUCUGUCCAUGCAAUAUAGCAAACUCACAUAUGACUACUUAUGUCUUAUGGGGAACAUAUUAUUGCAUAUCUCCACAUGUUACUCCAAACAGUACAGUGCAUAUUACAAAAACAAGUAUUGUAAUCAGAAAAUAACUGUUUAGAAACCAUAAACUUCUGUGACUGCACGUUGCUUCCAAUAUUGGUACAGUUUACAACGUUGAAAAAAAUCCAGAAACUGUAAAAUUGCAUUUUCAGUGUUAUAACUUUUAAUUACAAAAAAACCUAGGGGUAUGACUUUAGUUGAUUAACCUGCUGAUCACUUAACAAGUGCCUCAGAUUAAUCUGGAAGCAUAUUUAAAAUGUAUUUUAAAUACAAAUAUUUAUAGCGUUCUGGGUAGCAGAUGUCUUAAAAGUAAUGUACUUUGGAUAAUAUAUGUACAAGAUCUACAUAAUGUGCAAGCAGCAUCCAAAAAGAAGGAAAAUAAGCUGUUCCCUUCAGAAUUAUUUUACUGAUAUACAGAUAUAACCAAUUAAUUUAUUUAGCCAUUAAAAUCAAUGCGCACAAAUAAUUUGUCUUUGUUCCACUUAUAACCUAAGAAUAUUUCCGAUGAAGCUGAAUACACUUGAACAAUUACAAAAUAAAUAAUCUUGAAUCUAUUUAUCCCAUAUUCAGAUUUCCUGGUAGCCACUAACUAAAAUUUAAUUAGAAAAAUGCUCCCCAAGGAGCUCUGUUCUUACAACAAAGCAGCAUAAAUUUUACUUUUUGUGGCCUCCACUGGUAUCAUGUAUUUCAUAGUGCAAGUCUGACAAAGUGGGAAUUAUUGUAGAGGCUCCUUUUGGCCUAGUCACAGGUCUUGUUAGUCAUUUCUCCAUGAAAUCCAUUCCUCUUAACUAUAUAAUCUCUGAAUUUCCAAAGAAAGUAGGAAUGACUUUCCUCUUCCACUUUCUUCACCUACAUAUUCCAUCUUCAAGAGAAAGAAGUAAGAGGAAAGAAAUGAUGGACAGGAUGCUGACUUGUCCCUGAAGGGAAAAAAGCCACUCAGCUGAGCCUACAGGAGUGCUGCUCCAUCAUCCAAUCACCUCUGAGAAGGGGGGUGUAUAUGUUAGUGGGAAGCAUAGGACAAGCAACUUCAGAUCUGCCUUAGGAAAAGAAAGUGAUAGCUCAGGUCUGGCUCAGCAAAAAAACAAGACUUUUGCUUGGCAGUGCGGCAGAGUGAUCACUCUUAGCUGUAUUUCUGUGAGAUAAUAGGGAACCUGAUUGUUAGGCUUGGCCCUGGUAAUGAGCCUACCCUGUGUCAUUUAGUCUCACUCCUAGGAAAGUGCAGGCUUGAUGUGGCUAGAAUCCCCACCCCUCUCUCUCUAAUGGUACAGCUCCUAGUCAAUAGGCUGGGAACUAACCACACUGAACUGCUAAGCAGAAUUUUUUUCCUUUUAAUUAUUUUGUGUAAUUUAUUUGAUCAUAUAUAAUUCUUUACAUUCUCCUCAUGCCUCUUAAAUUUAAACAAGUCCACAAUAAAUUUCAUUAAUGAAACUGUGAUAGCUGGAUCACAAUCACUGAGUGAAGCUUAUUAGCUGCAGGCAUGUCUAUACCGGGAACUAAUGGAUCAGUCAGCUGUGUUAACUGCUUAUAUCUUCUAUAAGAAAAGAAGACAUACUCCAUAGUUUCAACAGAACCAGUUGAUGGAAUCCUGUGUGGGUGACAGCAUCCAAACCAUUAGCUAGUCAGAAAAAGUCUGUUUGUGCCUGAAAGCAUUAAAGGUAAUUCUAGCUAAUCUCUAAAACGAUAACUAAUAUAAAUUAUACCAUGUUUCCCUGAAAAUAAGAAAGGUUCUUAUAUUAAUUUUUGUUCCAAAAGAUGCAUUAGGGCUUAUUUUCAGUGGAUGUCUUAUUUUCCCCCCAUGAUUUUGCGCCCCCCACGUGACCAGAUCAGUUGCACCAGAGAAUCUGUAAUUGGGGCUUAUUUUUGGAGUAGGACUUACAUUUUAAGCAUCCUCCAAAAAUCCUGAAAAAUCAUGCUAGGGCUUAUUUUUGGGGUGGGUCUUAUUUUAGGGGAACAGGGUAUGUGCCCCAGCCAGUUUUCUGCUUUGUCUAUCUGGAGUGUUAUGCUGAUGAUCAGUUCCUUGAAACCAACCUCUUUGUUGUCUAUAUACUAAUCCUGCCACAGUGAUUUCCAUAUUCUCCUGUGCACCACAAAACUUAAGGCAGCAAAUGCAGAACCUAUACACUUGCUACCUUUAGAACACCUGGGGAACGUUUAUACUUUAAAAACAAAACUAACUUCUGCAGACUCAUAGGAGGUUGUGUGGGUCACCUCUGUUAGUAGAGAAGGCCUGCCACAAAAGGAAAAAGAGAAAAAAAGGAAAAUGGCACAUGUGCCUACAGUAACUAGCUAAGAGUAGAACAUUUCACUGGAGAACACAAGGAAGGCCUGAACCUGAAUAAGGGACAGG